UUGGGGCUGUGGCUCUGGGACCACUUCCUCCUUCCUUACUCUGAAGCCCGGAGCUGGCCUACUGAGCCCUCUGGAAAGACCCAGAGCACAUUCCAGGAUGCCUUAGCCCCUCUGUGACCCCAGGUGGGGGUGGCUGAGGGGUGCUGAUUGGAGGCCUCCCUCCCUGCUUCAGGGGUAGCUGAGGACCACCGUGGAGGCCUGCAGAAUGGAGGGAGAGAGUAAGGAGAAGCUGUCAUCUGUGUCCAACCUGGUGACUGUGUUUGAGAACAACAGGACUCCAGGAGCAGCACCCAGAGUCUGCAAGCUGGAGAUUGAACAUCACCGCCCUGGGUGCAGGGCUCCCCCAGCUGCAGAGCCGUGGAAGGGGCCCAACCCUGGGGAGACCCUGGAGGGGCCUGAGCCCAGGACGGUCAGCAGGAGGUACCUGAGCUCCCUGAAGAACAAGCUGUCCAGUGGGGCCUGGAGGAAAUCUUGCCAGCCUGGGACCCACCCUGGGCCAGGGACGCAGGAGCCUGAGGAAAAGAAGAUCGUCCAGGAGCUCCUGGAGACGGAAAAGGCCUAUGUGGCGCGCCUCCAUCUGCUAGACCAGGUGUUCUUCCAGGAGCUGCUGACGGAGGCCCGAGCCAGCAAGGCCUUCCCCGAGGACGUGGUCAGGCUCAUCUUCUCCAACAUCUCCUCCAUCUACCAGUUCCACGCCCAGUUCUUCCUCCCAGAGUUGCAGCGGCGGCUGGACGAGUGGACCGCCACCCCCCGCAUCGGCGACGUGAUCCAGAAACUGGCCCCGUUCCUGAAGAUGUACAGUGAGUAUGUCAAGAACUUUGAGCGAGCCAUGGAGCUGCUGGCCACCUGGACCGACAAGUCUGCCCCAUUCCAGGAGGUGAUCACCCGCAUUCAGGGCAGCGAGGCCUCCGGCAGCCUGACGCUGCAACACCACAUGCUGGAACCUGUGCAGAGAAUCCCCCGCUAUGAGCUGCUGCUCAAGGAGUACGUCCAGAAGCUGCCAGCCCAGGCCCCAGACCGGGCCGAUGCUCAGAAAGCUCUUGAUGUGAUCUUCUCGGCCGCUCAGCACUCCAACGCAGCCAUCGCUGAGAUGGAGCGGCUGCAAGACCUGUGGGACGUGUACCAGCGCCUGGGCCUCGAGGACGACAUAGUGGACCCCUCCAACACCCUGCUCCGUGAGGGCCCCGUCCUCAAAAUCUCCUUUCGCCGCAGCGACCCCAUGGAGCGCUACCUUUUCUUGUUCAACAACACGCUGCUGUGCUGUGUGCCCAAGGUCAUCCAGGUGGGCGCCCGGUUCCAGGUGAGGACCCGCAUCGAUGUGGCCGGAAUGAAGCAGGUGCGGGAGCUGACUGAUGGGGAGUUCCCGCACUCCUUCCUGGUGUCGGGGAAGCAGCGUACUCUGGAGCUGCAGGCCCGGUCCCAGGAGGAAAUGAUUUCCUGGAUACAGGCCUGCCAAGCGGCCAUUGACCAAAUCGAGAAGCGGAAUGAAACCUUCAAGGCCGCGGUCCAGGGCCUUGAGGGAGACACCCAGGAGCAGGAGCUGCAGUCGGGGGAGCUGGGCCUCCGGGCGCCGCAGUGGGUCCGGGACAAGAUGGUCACCAUGUGCAUGCGUUGCCGGGAGCCCUUCAACGCCCUGACGCGCCGCCGCCACCACUGCCGAGCCUGCGGCUACGUGGUGUGUGCCAAGUGCUCCGACUACCGGGCUGAGCUCAGAUACGACGGCAACAGGCCCAACCGCGUCUGCUUCCGCUGCUUCACCUUCCUCACUGGAAACGUGCUCCCCGAGAACAAGGAGGACAAGAGGCGGGGCAUCCUGGAGAAAAAGUCCAUGACAGGGUCCGAGCAGAGCCUCAUGUGCAGCUUUCUGCAGCUGGUCGGGGACAAGUGGGGCAAGAGCGGCCCCCGGGGCUGGUGUGUGAUCCCCCGGGACGACCCCCUCGUCCUCUAUGUCUACGCUGCCCCUCAGAGUGAACAUGGCAAGAGAGGAGGAAGGAGCCAAAGGAGACUCUGAGCAGGGGCUCUGAACCGCGAGCGUGUGCUGACCGAGACGAGGAAGCCCUGGGCCCUGGGAGGCCAGGUCGCAGAGCAGCAACGCAUCAGGUCUCCGCCGUGGACAAGCGACCGCUAAGGCGCCCACUCGUGGCCAUGUCCAGUGAGGAAUCGGGCAUCCGAGCCCCGGCACCAGGUUUGGGCUGGGAAUGGAAACGUGGGAGCUGGCAUCCCAGAGAUGGGGCGCAAAGCACGCUCGAAACAGAAGGAGGAGACCCAAGUACGGAGCCCUGCUCGUGCCCACAUUCUCCAGCCGUGCACACGCCGGAGUUCUGAGCUUGCACGUCCCGGCAUGCUAACCUUUUGACCUACAGUUUUCAUUCCGAGAAUUUCCCCCAAGGAGACAGACUGGCCAGUGUGACCACACUUCUGGACAUCACUUACAAUAGUUCCCCCAAGUUGAGAACUACAUAAAUACCCACCCAAAUGAGGCGACCUAGGCCGGUAAACUCACACCCAUCCAGAGGGACUCAUAGACGCAGGGGGGCCGCUCGGCCGUUGGGCGAGAAGGCUUGAAUCUCAUGUGCUGCCUUGGGAAGACGGCGUGAGGUGUUAAGUGAAGAGUAACAGCAGAAGGAGCUAACACUUCUUUUUUUUAGAUUAUACAUAUUUGAGAGAGUGAGAGCACGAGUGGGGGCGGGGUGAGGGGGAGAGGGAGAAGCCGACUCCCCACUAAGCACAGAACCCAACGUGGGGCUUGAUCCCAGGACCCUGAGAUCAUGACCUGAGCCCAAGGCAGACGCUUCACCAACUGAGCCACGCAGGCGGCCCAGGAUUCUGAACACUUCUAAAUACUCACCAUGUACCAGGCACUGUCCUAAGGCCUCGGAGGAGAUAAUUUCAUUUGAUUCCUAGUAACAUUAGAAGGAGAUACUAUAUUCAGAUCCUUAUUCUAUAGAUGAGGAAACCGAGGCACUGCUGGUUGAGUAACUUAUUUGCGGUCACAUGAGACGGGGUAGAAGGGGCAGCAUUCCAAACCACCGGGCGGUGGAACGUUCCGGUCCUGCCUGGAUGAAGAUAGUUAAAAUCCGCACCAUCUAAGGGGCUUCCCAACCUACGUCCGGAGGGGUUGGUUUGCUCUCUUCUUUAGAUGCUUCUGUAGUAUUUGAAUUUUUUUUCAAUAGCAUAUAUUACUUCUAUAAUCCCAAGAACAAAGGUGCUUUCCCGUGUUAAGGGGGAAAUAAAGAAACAAAGGA